AUGUCGAAUCUACCCAAGUGGCUGCUCGCCGUUUGUGCGCUCAUUUCAUACCUACUGCUACGCGCGAUAUAUCGAUUGACACUUCAUCCCUUGAAGUCGUUUCCCGGCCCCGCGAGUCGCGCAAUAUCGCAUGUUCCGCAUGCACGAUCCAUACUCAGCGGCUAUCUACCCCACGAUCUGACAUCGCUACACGCCAAGUAUGGCGACGUCGUACGCAUAUCCCCUGACAUGGUGUCGUUUAUCUCGCCCGAAGCAUGGACAGAUAUCUAUGGCCACGGGCCUAACCGCAACUUUCCCAAGUGGGGGAUGACGCGCAGCCAUAAAACGGUCGACCAUCUUUUGUCGGCCAACAAUGCAGACCACGCGCGACAACGGCGGACGGUCAACCAUGCCUUUAGCGACAAGGCACUAAGAGCGCAGGAGGAACUCGUUAUGCGCUACAUUGACCAAUUUAUGAAUGCACUCGCGGCACAGUCAGGGGCUGACGUCAAUGUCAAGAACUGGCUGGAAUACACUGCUUUCGACAUCGUCGGGGACCUGGCCUUUGGCGAACCUUUUGGGUGUCUGUCGAACGGUGCCUACCAUCCCUGGGUUGGCCUUUUAUUUCCUUUUAUCAAAGCACUUUCUCUCUUUGGAGCAGCGAGGCUGUUCAAGCCGUUUACACCGUUCCUCAUUGCUUUGCUGCCAAAGGAAGACAUCAGGGCGCGCAUGCAGCACAUCAAGCUCAGUGCCGAGAAAGUGCACAAACGGCUUGCAGCGGGUGAACAGCCACAUCGAUCAGACUUUUGGACAUAUAUCCUACGCCACAAUGACGAAAAAGGUAUGUGUAUCGAAGAAAUGGAGUCCAAUGCCAGUCUGUUCAUCACGGGGGGAAGCGAGACGGUUGCCACGGCGCUGUGCGGAAUCCUGUACUUGCUCGCGAAGAACCCGGCGUCGAUGCAGAAGCUGCGUGAAGAGAUUUUCGCUGCAUUCGAAACAAAGCAGGAUAUCAACAUGCUUAGUGUGGGCGGUUUGAAGGUGUUGCAGGCCACCAUAAACGAGGGCAUGCGUAUCUAUCCACCUGUUCCAGCCGGUCUGCAACGCAUAGUACCAAAGGGAGGUGCAAUCAUCGCAGGGCACGCUGUGACUGAGGGAACGAUUGUCAACGUCUCUCAACAACCUGCCUACCACCUCGCCAGCAACUUUGCACAACCCGACCGCUUUGCGCCUGUACGCUGGCUCGCCGACGCGUCGGCCGAGUACUCCCAAGAUAAAAAAGACGUAUUUCAGCCUUUCAGCACCGGGCCACGCAAUUGCGUGGGGAAAAAUCUUGCCAUGGCAGAGAUGAAGUUGAUACUUGCACGGUUAGUGUGGCAGUUCGACUGGGAGCUGGCGGAUGAUGCGUUUGCGCUUGAGAAGCAAAGGGUUUUCAUCAUGCGUGAGAAGCCAGACUUGAAUCUGCGUAUUAAAAUAAGGGGUUUGUAG